UGCUACGUGACAAAAGGAGCCAGCCAAGAUAAGGACAGUGAACAUCUCAUCUUGGCUAUGUCCAGUGGGCAGCCAGAAGACAACAUGGCCACUUCCAGUGGGCAACCUGAAGGUCUCGUGGCCCCUUCCAGUGGGCAGCCUGAAGGUCACGUGGCCCCUUCCAGUGGACCACCUGAAGGUCACAUGGACAUGUCAGCUUUGAGAAGUGACUUACCUGUUUCUGAUGUUGAUACCAGUUCAGACGAGGAACAUGAAGGUCACUUGGUACAAGCAGGUUCAGCUGAGCACGAGGAGGUCCUUGACCUAGAGAGCCAAGCAAUCACACUAAAUACAGGUGAACAGCGUUCAGGGAAUGCCCAAGCUGCCAACAUUCUCAACAUCGUCACUGGAGGGGCAGGACAAGGAACACUGGGGAGAGAUACCCUUGAUUUACGCACAGAUGAAGCAAGGAAGAUUUUUGCUCCAACUGAAGCCUACAGAAAAGUGAAACAGAAAUUGAAGGAAUUUGGUCAUGUGACUAUCUGUGGUGCUUCAGGAGAGGGCAAGACAACAAUGGCUCUGAUGCUGGGUUCAAGGUAUAGACAAAAGGGGUACGAAGUCGUGUUUGUGGACAGCCUUAAGAAGUUUGACUUUGACCGCUGUCUUAGUACUUACUCAAAAGUAUUCCUCAUUGUGGAUGAUUUGUUUGGUACAGUUGGAGUAUCUGCUAAUACUUCACAGGUUAAAAACUUUCUCAAUAAUCUUCUCCCACAAUUAAAACAAAAAGCAAAAAGCAGAAGAAAAACGGUCAGAAUUGAGUGA